CGACAAGACAACUCUGACCUGGAGAAUUGGCCUUGUCAACACCAGCUCCUACCACGAAACAACUCACCAUCGCGCUCCUUACCACGGCGCACUCUUGCCAAUCUCCCCAGCCUAUAGCGGUGUCUUGAAUCAGCUGCCUCCCCCUAAUCGCAUACACAUUCGCAAAGAUGAGUUACGAAGUCCCAUACUCAUCCAGUCCACCCGAGACUCCAGAACGAGGAUCCGGCGGUAGCAAGAACAUAUUCGCAAUGUCGAAUCCCUCAACUACUCCUGCGGGCCCUCCGCCAUCCUCUGCGAAUUCUUUUACACCCAGUGGUCCACCACCUAGCUCAUAUCUGGGGAGCUCUAUCAAUCCAUUAUCUUUCACCCAAAAAAGCAACUACGAACCUCCGCAGCCCAAUUUUGAUAGUCCUGGAUCCUCGUUAUUCGCAGACUCGAUGCGCUCAAAUGCUCCACGCCGGACUGCUUACGACAAUAAUUCUCCUCAACGUGGCUACAAUGCUUCAUUGCAAGAAAGCGAAUAUGAAGACUAUGAGGACGAUGAAGACAUGACCGAGUACAACGAGGAGGAAGACGAUACUUUUCAUCAAAGUCGAAGAAGCCGGAAUGCAAGAAGUGCCCGCGAAGCUGAUGCGAUGGGGGAAGACGACCCCGACGCGCAGUACGAAGACGAUGAAGAUAUAGAUUACCCAGAGGAGCUGCCGACUUCAAAAGCUAAUAACCGGGCCUAUGGGCAACGAAGCAUUUCAGAAUACUCGGUAGCGAAUCCUGGUACUCUAAAACGAAGUAUUGAAGGGGGCGCAUUGGAUUUUGGGGGGUCUGUUGGGGGGAAGCAAGAAGUAACCACCUUUGGAAAGAUUGCUAGGGAUAUCUAUUCUCAAAUUCGAAUACCAGAAGUGGAUGAGUCGGAUGAUGUGGUUCUAGGAACAGAAGCCAUAGUUACGAGAAUCUACCAGGAAGGACUUGAAGAUGGUGGAGACCCGGAGCAGCUCCAGUCUAGUUUGAUGGAAGCAUGUGGAGAUUUGACAAUACUAUGGGAUGAAUACGACGCAAAAUCCGGUUCACAUGGAGAUCAAGAGUAUACAGCUGCCAUUGGACCGGGGGAUCGAGCUCUUAGAUUCUCAAAAGCAAACUUUUUAGCAGGGCUUGCUCUGAAGCUCCAUCACCCAACCCCAAUCAGUACCCCGAGAGGAAAUAAAGCUAAGCCAAUGCCAGAGGUUUUGAUUGAAUGGAUGGAUCUAUGUCAUAAUCCCGUUGGAUCGCAACUCGAAGACCUUCAAAGUUCGAAACUCCGGAGCCCGUCAGCUCAUCCAGAAUUCUGGAAUAUACUAUUUAACAAUUUCCUUCGAGGUAACGUCAGAGAGGUGUGUGAGUUGCUCGCCCGUUCAAAGUGGGAGUAUGCCAACGUGGAGCUUGAUGACCAUCAAGAUUCAUACGGUCAAUCAGGUUACUCUGGUCAAGCUUUAGCCAAUGUGAAAAAAGCCGUGGGUGCUACCAUCGAUGUGCUCUCACAAUGCCCAGGUCUCUCAGGUGACUGGAACACACAGGGAAGCGACUGGACGCUCUUCAGGCUUAAGGUCUCCCAGGCCAUGGAUGAUUUGAAGGCUUUUGCUGAAGGUAAGAAUAAAGAGGGUCUUAAUGAAGAUCGUGGAUUUGGGCGAUCAUCUACAGCCAAUCCAAAUUCAUACAGUAGAAUUGCCGAAAGAGCAGCAAGUCAGGUUCCAUGGCACAUAUUUCAACAUCUUGUCAUCCUUUUCAAUAUCGCCAUGGGGGAUCGGGUUGCGAUUGUCGAGAAUGCUCAGGAUUGGUGUGAAGGAACUGUUGCGUUGACUGUGUGGUGGGACGAAACCAAGGACGAUAGAAGAAUAGCUCUAGGUCGGUCAACCCGUGCUUUGCAGGUUCCGUCAAAAGAGAUGGAAAUUGAGUCAUACUUCCGCAAGCUCAGGAAAUCCUUUCAGCUCGCUGUUGGAGCCAACGUGGACUUUGAAGUUGAUACUUUACGUCCGAUAGAGGUUGGACUGGCAUCAAUCUUUGAGGGAGACUACGAAGCGGUUUUGGGUCUUUUACGAGCUUGGUCUGGUCCAAUUUCAUCAGCAGUCGCCGAAAUCGCGACCAUUGGGGGAUGGUUACCAGAACCAGAGCAACCGGGGCUUAUGGAAAGUUUAGAUCAAGAUGACAUGGAUCUUCUUGGAAUCUCGGCUCCUGGGAAGCCUGAUGGAAUCAAGGAUCAGACAUUAAUUGCAUACGGGAGAGGUGUGGCCUUUCGUGGAGAAUUACAAUCUUCCAAAACUUUGGGUCAGCAACCAAUUUCUAGAGAAGGUUGGGAAGUGGCCAUCGCUGUGUUGGGUCGUCUAGAUUCGGCAAGUCGCUCGGAAAAUAUGGUGGGAGAGUUUUUAAAAGACUUUCCGCUCAAGUCACCAAAUACUGUCAACAAAUUAUGGGUGUUACUCAACAACAUCGGCAUGGGAAGUCAUGCCGAGAGUUCGGCAGCAGUAAGUUUUAUUUCUACUAUGAGUCAAUUCUGAGUUUGACUGAUAUUUUCCAGGCUUAUGCCGAUUCCCUCGCCGAAGGGUCACACAACUAUGGCGAGGCGAUGUGGUACUACGCUCUUUCUCACAAGUCGGACAAGGUGAAAGAUGUACUCGACCUAUUAAUUUCAUUUUCCCUUGUCCAAUCCACGGCAUAUCCACCAGAAGCAGACUUGGAUGAGUAUCUCAAAAGCCUAAUCUCAUAUCCUAAAACCUCGUUGGUUGAGUUAUCUCAGAUGGAUUAUGAUGCGGCCGAACUUUUGCGCAAUUCGCUUAGUGGAUACGCAACGUUGCGUAAAUUCUAUGAUCUUCGCGAUGAGGAAGUUUUGUUUACCAAAGCCAAGAAACCUCGGAUGGGAGCUGUUGCUAGAAAACAAGAAGCUGCAAGAGCGUUGAUGGCAGUAAUUACCAGUUCAGGCGACAAUAUCAGAGGAGGUCUUUACGACGAACAAAACGGCGCCAUCGUCAGUGUUGAUUUCCUCCUAGCGCUGCUCGGCGAAGCGAUGGUCUUCGUCAACCAACCAACACCCACCAUCACCGUCUCCCAAAUCGAGAUCCUCCUCCGCGCCAUCGAGGAUCUCCAAACGGUCGGAUCAAGGGUCUACACCGCCUGCACGGAGUUCCUACAGACCGUCAUUGCAUCCGGACAAGGCAUGAAAGGUUCCUCGCCUCAUGAUAUGCUGAGGAAAUCUACGUCGGCUGCUAGUGGUACCAGUAGCUUUUCUAUGGUGGGCAGCUCCAUGUUGGCAAUUCAGAUGAAGAUGUCUAUGGGGAGUAGUGGGGUGUUGGUUAAAGGGGGCGUGAAGCGUGGAUGGGAUUGGAGAAGGGGGAUCUCGGCGACGACGACGGGGGAGGAGGUGUUGCAGAUUUUGAGACUUGGGUUAGCGAGGGAUCUUGCGAGGGCGUGGUUGAGGGAGGCAGAUGGGGAGAUGUAGGAUUGUGAUUUGAUAUCUUUUUUUCUUUCUUCUGGAAUCUGGAGAAGA